AUACCCUACAGGACGAAAGAAAGAAGCUUCCCGCCGGGGUCUCAGCUUAUUUUAGGGAGCUGCUGAAAUGAAACUUCAUUGUUUACCCACCAGAACGACCUUCACAGCUAUAAACAAAAAUGGGCCAGCUCAGGCACUUCCCAAAAUCAAACUUAGUGGUGAAGAGUUCUUGUCAAAAUUGCUUGACAGAAGGUGGACAUUGCUCAGUCCUGAUACCAAAAUUCAUCAAAUUAUGGUUUCUUCAACAAAAGGGCGAAACAGAGGGGGAGUGUUUAGUAAUGUUUCUUUCUUAAACAAUAAUCAGCCUUAUCUUGGCAACAAGAUGUUUGAGGACAAUCAAGGCUUGUCAUUCUAUAUUGUGAGGGAUGAUUUAUUGCAUCCCUUUGUCAAUGGCAAUAAAGCUAGAAAACUAGAUGGACUGCUUCCUCUCAUUGAAGAUCAUGAUGUGACUGAUGUGGUUACAUGUGGCGGUUGUCAAAGUGCACAUGCAGCAGCUGUUGCUGUUUCUUGUGCAGAGAGAGGGCUGAAGUCACACUUGCUUCUACGAGGGGAGCAGCCGGCAAUUCUGACUGGCUAUAACUUGAUUUCAACAAUAUAUGGAAAUGUAACAUAUGUUCCGAGAUCCUUUUAUGCCCAUAAGGAAAAAAUGCUACAAACUCAUGCUAGUAUGGUUGCAGGCAGUAGUGGUAAUGUUGUAUAUUGCAGUGAUAUUAUUGAUGCGUUUAUAACAGCCCAGACAUUUGAGCGUUCAAAGUUUGUGCAAAUGGAUACGCCUAGAAGCACCAAGAGCCACUCAACAAAGGUUGUUGUAGUCAAUGAAGGUGCAGGAGAUGCUGUUGCAUUGCUAGGUCUAUUUCGUUUGGUUGACUACCUAUCUCAGGACCAUUUACUUGGAAGAACGAGGGCUUUCAACUUUGUUGUGGAUUCUGGUACUGGGACAACUGCUAUUGGUUUAGGCCUUGCUGCCCUGUGUCUAGGGCUUCCUUGGAAAGUUACUGCUGUAAUGUUGGCUGACAAAAUUGAUGCAUACAGAGAACAAGAAAGACGCUUAAUUUUUGAAUUUAAGAGGCAGUUUUGUUUUCUUCUUGAUAUUCACAAACUAAAUGGUGCAGAUGAUGGAAUUGUGCACUGGGUAGACCGUAGUUGUCCAAGAAGAUUUGGCAACAUUUUGGAAGGGGACAUAGAGGCUUGCCAGCAAAUUGCACAGCAAACUGGUAUUCUAGUGGAUCCUGUCUAUACCUUAGCUGCUUGGGAAAUGGCAACACAAAUUAGCACUGCACACGGAGAUGCCGAUGUGGUGAUGCUUCACACUGGCGGCACACUUGGCAUAUUUGGAUUAGCACAGAGGUACAAAUCAUACUUCGGUAUGCUCAACGAUGUAACAAAGAGUUAAUUUUUGUAUGUUAUUAUUUCCAACUCUAUUUCUCCAUAUGAGCUUUGUAUUAAUUUUGGUGUGGGAGCAGAGUAACAGAAACAGGGAAAGACAAAGAAGGGUUCCUAUUAUAUGGAGGUUUAACCGAAGUUUAGUGUAUUCAUCUUGUUUAGACUGGUAUAUUUGACUUGGAAAGUAAGUUUAUAAAGUUGUAUCUUUCUAAUUCUAGAA